UUCCUCCCCUCCAAUCACACCCCUCCUUCUCUUGUUUUACUCAGUCUUCUCCUCCACCUCCAUCUCCGCUUCUAUGACUCUCCCCUUCUUCUCCUCUCCUCCAUGACCCUCAUGGACUCCUCCGACGAUACCUCCACCUCCGCCUCCGCCACCGGCACUGGUACUCCCAAGAAGUCCCUUUUCCGCUCCGCCACCUGGACUGCGCGCUCCCCCAAACCCGGCCGCCCUUCUCUCCCCCCUCUCCAACCCCUCCGCCGUCCUAACCUCACCGAGUGGCCUCUCCCCGGCUCCGACGAUUGCCCCCAUGCUCACCCCCCUUCUACCCCCUCCACCUCCUCCCUUUCCCGCGUCGUCGACCACGUCUACCUCGGAAGCGACGCCGCCGCCCGUGACCGCGACGGUCUCCGCCGUCACGGCAUCACUCACGUUCUCAACUGCGUUGGCUCUGCUUGCCCUGAAUACUUCCGCGGCGAUCUCAUCUAUAAGACUCUCUGGCUCCACGACUCCCCCGCUGAGGACAUCACCAGCGUCCUCUAUGAUGCCUUUGAUUACCUCGAAGACGUCCGCUCCGCUCGCCCUCCUGGCCGCGUCCUCGUCCAUUGUCUCCGCGGCGCGUCCCGCUCUGCGACCCUUGUCAUCGCGUAUCUCAUGUGGCGCUACGCUAAGUCCUUCGAUGAGGCGCUCCGCCAGGUCCGUGCUGCCCGCGCGGUCACUGAUCCUAAUCUAGGGUUUGCCUCGCAGCUACUUCAGUGCCAGAGUAGGGUGCACGCGCUGCCGCCGAGCCCGGGGUCGGCGUUGCGGGCGUAUCGGAUGGCGCCUCACUCGCCGUAUGACUCGCUUCAUCUUGUUCCUAAGGCCGUUGAUCGCCCGUCCCCCGCGCGGCUGCUUGAUUCUCGUGGUGCUUUCGUCGUCCACGUUCCCACGGCCAUCUUUGUCUGGAUUGGUGUUGCUUGUGAGCCUGUCAUGGCUGCCAGCGCCUCCGUCGCUGCUUCGCAAGUUGUGCGCUAUGAACGCGCUCAGGGCCCCGUGGUCACUGUUCAGGAGGGAUCCGAACCAGCUGAAUUCUGGAUUGCUUUGAUGGAAAACCCAGCCAUCUCUGAUCAAGGCCUUAAUCUUGAUAUUGGAGAACCAGGGAAGAGAAGAGUGGAGCUCUUCGAUCUUGAUUUCGAGAUCUUCCGGCGGGCGUUGAAAGGCGGUGUUGUGCCACCGUUUCCGAUGCCAGGAUCGUCGUCGGAGACCCGCCUUCCUGCCAGAGAGAACGGGUGGAAUUUAUUGCGGCACAAGUUUCUGAGCGGAGGAGCGAAGCAAUUGGCUACAGCACUGGCGGUUUCUCCCCGUGAUGAGGAGAACAGUAGUGAUUCAUUUCGAUCGCCGGUGUCCUUUUCCGGCGAGAUGAGCAGCACACCAUCAUCCACAUCUGCUGACUCUGCUUCCACGCGGUCAACAUUUUCUCCGGCAUCAUCUUCUUCUUCGGAUUGGUUUAAUAUUUCGCCUCCAUCUUCCAAGCUAUGUGUGUCACCAGCACCUAAGGUAAUUUCUGGUUUGCCACCAUUGUGUCCGGGUAAGGAGAAGACAAAAGUAGUGUCUUCCGCUACUGUUUCUUCCGGUUAUUCUUUGCCUUCUCUGGCUGAAACGGCGAGGAAGCAUAGCCCCUACAUUAGUGAUGUUAGCAGGUGCUGAUGAUGACAAGUGCCAGCCUUCUCCGGGAGACAUAGUGAGGGAUUGGUGCGUAUCACCACCUUUUGUUUCAGUGGAAAUGGAGGAAGAGCCCGUAGAUAUGAAUGUAGAUAUGGAAGCUGAAGAUGCUGAAGAAGUUUGUAAUAAUGAACAUGGUGGGGUAAUACAGCCAAUCCUUUUCCAGUGGCCUAGUAUGGCCAAAAUGGAAGAUAUUGAUUCUGCUUCUCUUGACUCUAGAUCAGUGUAUCUAUUGGUAGCGCCUCAGAUUAAUUCAGGUGUGAUUAAACAGAGAACUAACAUAUUGUAUGUUUGGCUGGGGAGAGACAGUUGUUUGAUGAGCAGUGGAAAUGGUAGUGAAAUGAAUGAAAAGGUUAUGAAAGGACGUGGGUGCUGAGCUUCUUCAUCAGUUGGGGCUUCAAACAGAUGCUCCUGUAGAGAUAAUUAGAGAGGGAGAAGAGCCAGAACCAUUUCUGAGCCACCUUUUCUCAUUUCACCAAACCAAAGAAGGCAAUUUGUAGCUGAAAAACAACCUUCCAGUGACGAGGAAAACAUUCAAAAUCAGUCACCUUCGCAUUCAUCUACCGCUGGAUGAAUUAACAGUAUCCAACUGACUCAUUGCCCUCAUGACGAACCAAAACACGGCUCGGAAGCAUAUGGAGCAGAUGGAUGGGUGACUGAUUGAUCAGAACAGAUAUCCUGGAAUGAAGCCAUACUUUGAUACUAUAUUUGGCAUGUACUCUUGGUAUUCAGUCUCAUAUGAAGUACUGAUAACACCACUAGAGGUUCAGGUAUCCGCCGAAAAUACGCAAGUUUGCUCCUGACCUAGGAUGGGGCCAAGAGUUGAUUUAUCACCAAGCAGUAUACUCAGAUUUAUCGGCUUUGUUGCUCAAAAUUCCUUGGACCGGCAGUGCCAUUAUAUUGGCUUAAUUGUUUCAGUGUAUCUUCAUCUCAAGCAAACAAUGACAUUCACAGUGUAUAGUACUGUCCGAAGGUGGGGAAGUUAAAGGGAAUAGAACUUACCCUACCGGUGGUUCACUGGUAAAUAUGAAGUUUCCUACUUGACAAUGUAUAAAUCAGUGCUAUUCUCUUAAAAAUGGUAAUAAUUCAUGAUAUUUUUCUGGAAUAUGUCUUUGUUUCUGUGUAGUUACUCUGCAGAAGAGAGUUUGAAGUUAAUUUUAUUUUCAAUCGUCUGGCAAACUCCCGUCUAAGAGAGAUGCAUUGACGCCUCCUGGUCUGAUCAUGUCGUGAUCUUUGUCCUGUACCAUUUUUUUGUGAUUUUAUUUUUAUUUU